CAUUCGCAAAUAUAUACUGGGGCUCAGCAGAGCCUCCCCGCACCCUGGAUAUACAAUCAAAAGUUCCAUCCAUUUUUUCAUACUUGCCUGACUUGCCAAUCAGGUCAAUGCAUUCAAAGUUCUUAGAAGCUAUUUAAGUUUGGUCUAGAACGUCAGGUCCACUUGCUCGCUCACAUUCCUGGUGGAGUGUUGAUCUUCCGGUGUAGUGGUCACAAGCGUGCUUUGACACAUUGAUCGGCGUCACAAUGGGACCCUCGACGGCAAUAGCCGUAGCUGAAAAAGAUGUCGAAGGAGCGGAUAUUCUUUUGGCUGACCUCGAGAAUGCCGACCCUAAGCACCCACAUAACUGGCCAAUAGCCAAAAAGGUCCGGACGAUCAUCAUUCUUGGCCUCAUGAACAUUUUAGCCACGGUGGCCAGCAGCAUCUUGAGUGCUGGACAAACCGAGAUUAUGCAAGAGUUCAACAUCGAAAAGGAAGUGGCUAUUCUCACGACCACAUUAUUCUUAGUGGGCUACAUCUUCGGCUUCCUCACCUUGGGACCGUUGUCCGAAAAGUUCGGCCGCAAAUGGCCGCUGAUGAUCGGGGUUAUCAUCUCCUCACUCUUCGAACUGAUGCCCGCCCUGGGUACCAACCUCACCACCGUCCUCGUGGGACGCUUCUUCGCGGGCUUGUCCGGUAUCUCACCCGUUGCGGUAAUGGGGGGGGUCGUCAGCGACUGUUUCGCCACAGAACAGCGCGGCAAUGCAAUGGCGAUCGCCGUGGCACUGAUGUUCUCUGGGCCGACGUUCGGGCCCGUAUUCGGCGGCUUCAUCGUCGCUUCCCCCUUGCACUGGCGCUGGACCAUGUGGGUGAUGAUUAUCUGCGGCCUGGGCCUUGCGCUCCUCGGCGUGGUGUUCUUCCCAGAGACCUAUACCCCGAUCAUUCUGCAAGCUCGCAAGCAGCACAAAACCCCAAGCCUCCAGUCUCCCGAGAAAGAGGAAGAGAGCAGCAAUUCAAGUAAUCUCGCGCAGGUCGCGAGACUCUACCUCAUUCGUCCUUUUUGGCUAAUCUCCACCCAACCAAUCCUCUUCCUCCUAACCCUCUACCAAUCCCUCCUCUACGGCAUCCUCUACCUCUUCUACCAAUCCUACCCCUACACCUUUGGCACUCUCCGCGGCUGGCACACCGGCCUCAAUACCCUCCCCCUCCUCGGCAUCAUCGUCGGCAUAUUCCUCGGCACAGUAGGAAUCAUCGUCUACAACCACCUCUACUUCCGAUUCCACUGUCACGACCCAGACACAGGCAAAUUUUGUCCCGAAGCCCGUCUCCCCCCCAUGAUCCUCGGCGGAUGUCUCAUCCCCACCGGCAUGUUCUGGUACGCCUGGACCGCCUCCCCAGGCAUCUACUGGGCGAGUCCCGUCUGCGCCAACCUCCUCAUCGGUAGCGGCAUGUAUCUCCUCUUCAUCCAAGGGUUCAGUUACAUUGUGGAUUGCUACACGGGGAUGGCAAAUAGUGCUAUGGGAGUGAACGGCGCCAUGCGGAGUAUCUUCGGUGCUUCGUUUCCGUUGUUCGCGACUCAGAUGUUUGUGGGACUGGGGGUCGCUGAGGCCACUUCGGUGCUGGGCGCCGUGUGUGUUGCUUUGGUGCCUGUGCCGGUGUGUUUUUGGUGGUGGGGGGCGACAAUACGGGUUUGGUCGGAGGGGAGGUAGGUUGUUGUUUUGAUGGU